GCUAGUUAAGAUGGUGGUUAGAGCGUAAAGUGUCUCUACAGAUAAGAAAGAAAAGGGCAAAACAUCUAUCAAGCCUUUUGAAUUAUAGCGAAAUAAUAAACCUAACAUAAUCUAAAGUGUCUAUCUAUACAAAUCUGGACAGUUCAGAGACAUUAGCAAUCCCCGCCCAAUUUGGUGUGACUGUCCAUUUGGAGUGGAAUCCCUGUAAUACGGACAGGCCCGUGACCAGCCGUGACAUCUGCUCCACCUCGCCGUGCCAUAGGAUGUCCCACAGCCCCGAGAUAAAGGACGACUCCAUGGAGUGCCCCCUGUGCAUGGAGCCGCUGGAGAUUGACGACGUAAACUUCUUUCCCUGCACCUGCGGCUACCAGAUCUGCCGCUUCUGUUGGCACCGCAUCCGCACUGAUGAGAACGGCCUCUGCCCUGCCUGCAGAAAGCCGUACCCGGAGGACCCUGCGGUGUACAAGCCCCUGUCACAGGAGGAGAUUCAGAGGAUAAAGAACGAGAAGAAGCAGAAGCAGAACGAGAAGAAACAGAAGGUGACAGAGAAUCGGAAACACCUGGCCAGUGUCAGGGUGGUGCAGAGAAACCUGGUUUUUGUUGUCGGGCUCUCUCAAAGGCUCGCAGACCCAGAGGUUCUAAAGAGGCCAGAGUAUUUUGGGAAGUUUGGGAAAAUACACAAGGUGGUCAUCAACAACAGCACAUCAUAUGCAGGUUCACAGGGUCCCAGUGCUAGUGCCUAUGUCACUUACAUCCGCUCUGAAGACGCCCUCAGAGCAAUACAAUGUGUGAACAAUGUGGUGGUGGACGGUAGGACACUCAAGGCUUCUUUAGGCACAACAAAAUACUGCAGUUACUUCCUCAAAAGCAUGCAGUGUCCCAAACCAGACUGUAUGUAUCUACACGAGCUGGGGGACGAGGCGGCUAGCUUUACGAAAGAGGAGAUGCAGGCCGGGAAACACCAAGAAUACGAGCAGAAACUACUCCAGGACCUCUACAAAAUGAACCCCAGCUUUCUACAAACACCAACGUGUUCAGGGGAAAAGUCCAAAAGCAAAUCUUCAAAUUCUACACAAAGACCCAGCAACGGCAAGGACGGGUGGCCAACACUAUCGGUGUAUGGUGGCAAACUGGCCAAUGGGCUGUCGGAGGACAGGAAAUCUCCUCCGCUGCUAGACUGCUGUCUGGACCCAGAAGUCAUGACCUCAGACGGGUUAAGACUUGGCUUGGGGCUGGACACAGGGAUGGGGUCUGUCCAGGGGGCUGCCCUGUCCCCCUUCUCUUCUAAUUGUGACAGCAACGGUCCCAGCGACAAACCUCCGGAAUCAAUAGGUAUGGUGAAUGGAGAGACUUUACAACAGAUGCCUAACCGCGAGUCCCCUUCCCCUCCCCCGGGGCUGACUAAGCCCCCCAGCAGUCUGGUGGUUCCCAUCACUGUAGCAGACCUCACCGCCCGCUCGCCCUUCGAGGGGGCUGCUGCAGAGUCCCAGUCCCUGUUCUCCGACAACAGUAACUUCAGACACCCCAACCCCAUCCCGUCCGGCCUGCCCCCCUUCGCCAGUUCGCCUAGAGGGGGAUCCGACUGGCCCAUGACCCCCGAACCACAGAGCCUCUUCGCAUCAGACACAAUACCGGUAUCCUCCUCCACAGACUGGCAGGCAGCCUUCGGCUUCGGCUCCUCUACUAAACAGCAGCAGGACGACGACCUGGGCUUCGACCCCUUUGACGUGACACGGAAGGCCCUGGCUGACCUCAUUGAGAAGGAGCUGUCAGUCCAGGACCAGCCCAGUCCCCUGGGGUCCCCCAGCCCCUUCGGCCUCCACCACCCCGGGUCCCACCACGGCCUCCACAUGCCCCUCUCCAACCCCAACCAUUUCCCCAGCAGCAUUGGACCUCCACCCCGCCUCUCUCAGCUCCACCACAGGCACAUUUCUAGCUCCUUUAGUUUCCCUGGUUCCCAGAGUCAGAGCAGUCAUCAUGGUGGAAGUCAGGCUGCCCAGGCCGCUGCAGCUCGGCAUACCUGGAUGGGCAUGCCUCCCUCGGCACGCAGCAAUAACCACCUCCUCUCACACUUGAACCACUCGGCCAAUGCUGGAGGAGGACAUAGCAACUUCCUGGACUUGAGCAUGCCUCCUCAGCACCACAGUCACAAUACAGGGCUGGGAGGGAUCCCCAUGUCAGAAAACAGCAGUUCUAUAGACGGCCUCAAUGUGAAAGAAUGGCAGGACGGUUUGAGAGCUCUCCUCCCCAACAUCAACAUCAACUUCGGGGGUCUCCCCAACUCCUCCUCAUCUUCUUCUUCCUCCUCUUCCUCCAGUAUGAACCACAUGGGGGCUCCUGGGGGGCUAAAUGGGCCAGGUGGUCUCUCACACAGUCUCAGCUGGGAUGGUACGGCCAGCUGGAUGGACCCAGCUAUCAUCACAGGUAGCAUCCCAGCCUCAGCAGGCAGCAGUUUAGACUGUCUCCAGGAGGACCAGAACCCUCCUCACUGGCUCAAAUCCCUCCAGGCCCUGACAGAGAUGGACGGCCCUGCACUGCCAUCACUCCCCCAGCAGCCCCAGAACCAGCAACACCAAUCCCUCCACCACAGCCACCACCAUGGCCUCCUAGACCAGGCCUCCUCACACCCACACCUCCACCACAGAGCAGGCUCUGGUUGGGCCCCCUACCUGCCCGGCCUGACCCAGCCCACACACCCCAACCCCAGCCAAUUCCACAGCCCUCCCCCAGGCUUCCAGACAGCCUUCAGACCCCCAGGCCAAAGCGCCACAGAGUUGCUACAGAGCGCCUCCGGCGGGGACCGCCACUAAACUAAAGACAGAUUACAGCAGACUACCCCCGACCCACGUCGUAAUCCCGAUCCCCAAUGCAAUACAGAUACAGUACACACACUAAUCUGCAGAUGAUCAGAUUAUGAAAAUGAUUAACAAAAUAACAAGGCUUUCUUUUUCUUUCUCCUUCCUCCUUUUUUUCUAUUCUAAAGGCCUAUUUGUUUGUUUUGGUUUUUGUGGCACAUGACAUGAAUGACCUGUUAACCCUUUGUCUGCUACUGACCGGCCCCACUGAGCUCCAGUAGUCAGGGUCACCUUCAGUAGGAUGCACUGUAGUCAAACGUUUUCAAACGGAAAAAUGAAAAGGAGCGUUUCUUAUUGGGCAGAUAAGUCCAUGUAAGUCCCUCAUGGGUUUUGUUUGGUGCAUAAUGAACACGACCCAGAUGAAUUGUUUGGGAUCAGACCGGUGCUGACUACUCUGAGCUUCACGUGGAGUCUGUCUGUAUGAUCUGGACGAGCACAGAGAAUAGGAGCAGUGAUACUUUUUGUGACACCCAAGACGAUAACUCCAAAUGUACAGGAGUCAAGAUUAGCUAACGUGAGUCAUUUUUAAGAAGUAAAUUUAUGAUUAAAAAUGAAACCUGUAGGAAAAUCGUCGUGAAAAAAAAGUGAAGUCAUGAUUACUCUUUGAGAAUGAAGCAACAAACUGAAUAGUGAAUCUGCUCUUAAAGCUUUGCCCCUCAUCCUCCCCACUUUGAAUAAAACAGGAGACUGAAUGAAACGGUUAACACUCACUCAGUGCAGAGAAGCUUUAAGGCGAACUAUAACUUUAAGGCAAAAAUGAUACCAAAUGCCUUUUAACUGAUUAAGAGGAGGUAAGAUUGAAAAUCUUUAGAGAAAAACAUGGGUAAAAAUUACUUCAGGCUUGUUUUAAUUGGUUCAGAUGACAGAAAAUGAUGCAGACAGAGAUGGUCACAGAUGGAUAUAAUGUUAGAAUGUGGGAGUUGAGGGCACAGCCAAGCCAAUCUGCUUCGGCUUCCCUGUUAGGCAGGGUCACAAUGGUCACGUUCCAGGCUGACAAUAUUGCAGUCACGCUGCACUCGCGCAGCAACCGAUGGUCAUCGACUUUGCUGAAUGGUGUCAGUCUGCUAUAUCAUAUGCGGUUAACUGAUAUAACUGAUUAGCUAUACCUGCUUAACUAGUUAGCUGAUACAGGCAUUGUGAGAUCUGGCAGGCAACUGCAAUGUAGUCUGCCUGGAAUGCGCCCCAAUGGUCUGUCUUGUACAGGUCAUUAAAACCCACAUUCCCUUUGGGGUCAUGGUGCCCCAUCCUGUAGUAGAGGAUGGAGCACUGCCUAACUGGGGGACUGAAGAAUAAUAAUUAGUCUCACGACUAUUCUCAGAUUGGAAGAAGAAUAGGCCUAGUGUCAGGAUACCAGACCUCAGCACGUUACAUGCUAGUUCUGGGGAAACUAAGAAUGGCUGGAGUGGAGGCCAAAAAAUUAAGAACGAUAUUUAAAGGAAAACACCCCAAAAUGAUAUUUUGAUAUCAUUUCAUUAGUUGAUUGUUGAAGUCCCAAUUUUUUUGCAUGGCAGCAAUCAAGUUAAGAUGUUUAACAUUCAAAAUUCAGAUUUACUGCUGUUAUGCUCUUUUUUUUUCAUAACAUGCUGCGUUUUGCAUCAUUUGAAGCAAAAUGCAUCAUGCCGGCUUUUUUUUCUUAUGUUUUUUGAAAGUUUGCGAUUAUAACAGCAGUGGACUGAAUGUUUUGGGGUGGAAUUUUACUUUAAAAACUGUUGGAGGGAAGAUGUAGGCUAAAAAUGGGACAUCCUAAGAUGUAGAGUUUGGUCUGAUCCGCACAGUGCCACUGUGUGGCAACUACAGUAGCUAAACCCUUAUCAGGAAAGUCACAAGAAGACCCAACAGAUGAAUGAUGACAGGGUUGAUGAAAAGGCUUCCUAGAUGUCACAAUGUCCUGAAAUGCACCUGUAGAAAAGAGUGAGAAUUUAAAUAAUGUCAUGCGAUAUAGGAGAUUGUGUGAAAGGAAGGUGCUAGAAGACGGGCCUUGAGAAUGAAUAACCUCCCUUCACGACCUUUUAUUUUUAAGUCUUAACUCCAUAAUAUCUACAUCUUUAUCUCUUUCUCUCUCCUGCUAUAUCCCCUAUUAAAACAUUAUUCACUAGAAACAUGAACUGAUCCAGGUGAAACCAACAAUCAGUCAUACUUACUGUGGUUUUUAACGUGAUGCGGAGAUAUAAAACACAAUGAGGAGCUUAAAGGAAUUGAACUGUCCACUGCCCGUCUGGAAAAACAAACCUUAAAUAAAAGGAAAAACCCA